AUGAACGAAGUCGUGAAUCAUGAUGAAGCCGGCUCAUCGUCGCAGCCCAAGUCCAAGGCGCGGACACGGCAUCGGAGCGGCACACAAAGCUCUAGUUGUACUAGUCAGGAGGAUUCGAACGUGAGUGUGUACGGCGACGACUACGAAGAGGACGAAGAAGUUGAAGAUGUGGACGACGAAGAGCCCGAAUCCUCAACAUCGCACGAUCGAACGGGCGUGGGGUCGGCUGACUAUCGUACGGCUGCGAACGCUACACCGUCACGCUACGAUUCGGAUCUAAAUACUGCGGGGCUUCAGUUGGCAUUUGACUUCUGGCGUGCUUCCGACGAUCCCAGCAUGAAGAAGUUGAGCGAACGCGAGCUACAAGAACUGUUUUCGAAAGCACCGGACCAACUCCAACGCUUACAUCAACAACUGAUCGGCAACUUUGAUCCGUCGAAUUUCGAUCAGCAACCCGGUUCGUACCUCGGGCUUUCGGGCGAUCAAGACAACGGCGAAACGAGACGAAACGGCGGACAGAACAACAUGGCGACCAAUUACAACAACCCUCUGUCCCAGACCAACAUGUUUAAUCAACAAUUCAUCAACAACAUCUCCCAUACAUUAGGACCCACUUUGGCGGCGGCAUUAAGUGGCGGCAACAUACAACCUGGACAAAGAGUAAGGCUUUGGUAUUAUUUUUGAUUUUUAGAUAUUAAAAUGAAGAGAAGAGAGAUAAAUAAAGAAAAAUUGGGUUGAAAGUCAAAAUCAAAUGUAAAAUAUCACAAAAGAGAGGUUAUAUAAUGAAAAUCUAUAAUAAAAUUAUGUAAAAUACGAUUUCCCUAAUGAAGUUUUAUAUUAUCUUAGGUAUAGUUUAAUCUUACCGUUUUUUUACAGAACGGCGUAGCGGAUUCUCUAAAUCAGCUAACAGGACAACAGAAUCAAGAACUGCUGAACACGCUGGCGGCGAAUCCAGCGCUAGUUCCCUUCAUCAACUACGCUUCGGUGCUCAACAACCCCCUACAACAGUUCGAUCCCAACACAGUGGCGUUGACGAACAAAUUCGUUCAGAUGGCCAAAGAAGCGCACGAGGCGGCGGCAUCAACCUCGACCUUCGACCACGAGGAUGGGCGACAUCGGUCGGUGUUGUUACAAACAACACCUGACUGUGAAUAUCCACCGUUCUCGGCGUUUCGUAUUGCUCAACAACACAAUCCCCCAAUGAUGUUUGUGGAUCACGGCUCACAAGUGGCUUAUUUCAACUUUGCGGAUUUGCCUUCGAAUAGUAAGUUAGAGGAAGGGGAAGUUUUUGAUAUUAAAAAAAUUUUUUUUAUAUUUUAAGUAAAAUUUUUGAGAUUUUAAGCUGAUUUUGAACCUAAACUUUUAAAUUUUUGUUAUUUUGAGCGGAAAAAUGGUAUAUUUCUGUGCUUUUUAGCGUUUAACUCGACUUUUUUAAAGUUUAGGUAACAAAGUUUAAAAAAGACGAAAAAAGUAGAAUAUCUGAACUUUUUAAAACUAUUUUUUAUUGUUACCUAAAACAAUAUCUUCAGAAACAACCAUACAAGUGGAAGAAAGUAAACCCGAAGGCACAUUACGACUGGUAAUACAAAACUUUUCGAAUAUGGCAGACACUGUCAGAGGGCCGUCGAAGAUUGUUCAGAAUGUGCCUUGGCGCAUUAUGAUAAUGCCACGACAACAUAUUGUACAGAAGAAAGGAACUCAGAAGUGCUUGGGGUUUUUCCUCCAAUGUUGUCCUGAUGCCUACUCGGAGUGAGUUUUUUUGAUUUUUUGUUGAAUUUUAGGUAAUACUGGUAGUUUGAAGAGUGGAAAUGAAAAGUUUUUGAGAAUAAGAUGUUAGAUAUUGCAAAAAUAUGUUAUUUUAUCCUAUUUUUGGUGUUUUUGCAAUUUUUCUGAAAGUUUUAUUAAUAUCUUAUUGUAGGUCUUGGUCCUGCUCAGCCGCAGCUGAGCUCCGGCUAAUAUCCCAGAAACAGGCGGUCCCCAACUUUUCCCGAAAAACCAAUCACAACUACACGUCGAAGGAGAACGACUGGGGAUACUCGUGCUUCAUGACAUGGGCCGACAUCCUGGACGAACAACAAGGCUACAUCCACAACGAUACGGUGAUUCUGGAGGUUCACGUGAAGGCGGAGGCCGCCAAAAACGUGAUGAGCUUGGAAGACUUUCGAAAGAAGAUUAACGGAUACAUCAGAUUGGCAUCGUUACAAUGCGAACGCGGCCUAAUCGACAAAGCAAUCGAGUGCAACUCAAUGGCGACCAAAAUGUGCAAAGACAAAGAUCCGGAAUGCCAACGAAAGCUACAGUCUCAGAAUGCAGAUCUCGUAGCAAGGAAACUAAAACAAAGUAUUGCGAGAAUUGAAAGAGGUAGUGACACAGCAGCCGAAACCGACGCAACAAACAACGUGGCAGCGUUAAGAAUCGCGAUGACAAGCAGCGGAACACAACGCAACUCGGGUAUUCAGAAGCCAAGAAGAAAAGAUACGGAGAAGAAGCGAUCCAAGGACGAAAGUCAGGAUCUAGCUUCGAAUGGAUCAAUCAAUGACACGAAAUCGACGGACGGAACAACUAGAGGAUUACUGGACGACUUUGACGAAGAUGACGUCAGUUUCUGCGACAAUCCAGAACACGAUGCCAAGUGCAAUUGCCAUCAUACGGACAAAACGGAAAGACAUGGUGACUUGUCGUUGGAAAGUCUGGAACAUAAUCAUGAGGUUGGUGUAGUUUUUUGAGGGAUUUUUAUUAAGUUUUUAAAGGUAGUGAAGGAUUUAUCUUAUUUUAGGGUUUGAACUAGAGUUUUUGUUUUUUUUGACUUAAAUUAGUGCGUUGGAAAGCGUGGCUUUGAUUUUUUGUAACUAAAAAAGUUAUUAAAUUUUUAAAAAUUAAGUUUUAAAAUUGAACUUAAACAUAAUUUUUCAGCUAAACGGUGAAGAAUGUGAAGUCUUGAAUCAGUUCGAUGGAAAAGGCACAUUGGAAGCGUUCGAGGAACUUGUGGUAAGCUUGAUGUUAUUGGUUUGAAUAUGCUUCUCCGCAAUUGUCGCUCCAUAUCAGUGUUUGCUUGAGUUUACAAAUACCUGUCCACCUAUGACAAUAUUAAUUUUUAGGAUUUUUAUAAUGUGUUCUUUGAUGUUUAGGUAGUUUUAAAAGAAAAUUUGUUUUUUUUGGGUAUUUUUAUAAGAAAAUGGGCUUCUUUUUGGGUAGUUUUUGAUAAAAAGGCUUGAAUUUUUUACAUUUUCAAUUUUUUUGAUUUUUAAAGAUGACUUUAGUUAUAUUUAGCUUUAUUAUUAACUACAAAAUAAGUUAUUAUUAAGAAAUUGCCAGUCCAGCUUUUAUUUAUUAAAAAAUGACAGUUUUUUUCAAACUAUUGCCUUAAUGUUGACCCUAACUCCUUCUCAUUGGCCUUUAAUUUUGAUUAUCAAACGAGAUGUUUUCAGUUGAUUAAAAAUCUUUGAAAUAAUCUAAAAUAGAGUGAAAUUCGAAAAAGUGUGCAGUUUGACUAACACUUUGUCGACGUUAAAGCGUUUUACAUGUUGUUUGAGGAAAACACACAAAAGUCCGUUUUGUACAAAAUUUUGGGUUUUUUCGAAUUUUAAAAGGAUUUUUUUGAGUUUUUAAGUUAAAAAAAGUGAAAAAAAAUAUUUUUGAAAAAUUGAAAUUUCGCUGCAAUUUUUAUAAUUCGACAGAUUUUAAUUGAAAUUCAAACUUUUUGAACGUUUCAAAUUUUUUUAAAUUCAAAAUUAAUCCUGAAAACAUCUCAAGCUGAAAUCAAAAUUUUCAGGCCAAUGAGUCCACUCUGACCCGUCGCUUAAUCGACGUGAUGUUCUCCACUCCCAAGCAUAAGGCCGCGCUUCUGGCGGCCGUAGAUCGAGCACGGAACGGUGUCUCGACCUGUGUCGAGGAAGCCGACAAAUUCAGUAUUCCGAUGCGAUUCGAGUUGCUAAGCCGGAGUCUAAUUUGCGACGGGGGAUUUACUUUUGCUGAUAUCGUUGAGAAAGAGUCGAAUGCCUUGCUUAAAAUAAUCAAAGAGCAGGCAGCGUGCGCGGCCAACCCAAACCUGUGGCUGGAGGAGGCGCGAAAGCUGGUUGAAGUAGGAUAUUGUAGAAUUUUUUUAUUUAAAAACUUUAAAAAGGAUUGUCUUUUAGCCUUUGGACGUCUAUUGUGCUUUUUUAAUACAAAUUUCAUCCUUUUUAUUCGCUUUUUGAGUAGUUUUUGCAUUUUUUCAACUUAUUUUAAAAUUUUGUUUUCAUUUACCUAACUUUUCGAUUUCAGGACGAAAAACUCCACGCUAUUCCUAAUGAACCCCUGUUCGAACUCACCAAGUCCGAAAUGGCUAGACUACAGAAAAAGAUUUGCGGGGAAAAGGACUUUUCAGCCUCAAGCCAACAGAACGCCGAAUGCCAAACCGACUUCCCGGCUGUUUACAGAAACACCGAGAAUGGUUAUUCACUCCCAAUGUACAUGAGGAAUCAACCAUUUGUUCAACCCUUCCCCAAUGCCAUGCUGCAUGCCAUGAACCUGAACGACUCAUUCAUGCAACUCAAUGCACUAAAACAACAACAAGCAUCUACUCCUAUAAUGCCAAGAAGAACCUUGACUCCAAGAACCAAGAAGAACAAGGGCCAAGACAUUGUGGACCAGGCAGGCGAUGCUCCGUUACCAGCUCAAAACGGACCAGAAAAGAAGGAGAACAGAAAACGCAAGGAACGACCUUCUAGCGUGCAGAACGAAGCCAAAGAAAACGUCGAAAACCUCAACUUUGUCACCAUGGCCAAGCUUGAGAAUGGAGAUUUGCUAAAUCAACCAAUUGCCAACCUUCUAAGCGCUGCAGGACCCAUUGACAACGUCGAGGUGAUUCAGAAUCUUGUCAAACAAGCCUACGGAGUACCGGAUGGAAGCUUUGAUGCAGCCUCAAACGAAGGAUUGUCUAGAUAUGCGGCAAAGACCAUGGAAGCUCUGGCUAAAACUGGCAAUAUGUUCGCAGCUUGCUUGAAACAUAUUCAAGAAGGCAUCAAGACUAAUGCUGAAUUGAGAAACUUUAACGAAUAUGGCAGAGCGCUGGAAAUGCUGACUAAAAUGUGCGCGGAUAACAAGUUGAACAAUGUGCCAAAGUGUAAGUUUUGGGUGGGCUUUGGGUUGAAUUGUUUGAAAGUUUUAACUAAAAAAUGGUCUACAGUGACCAUUUAUAAGUAUUUUUUCUGUCUUUUAACAAAAUUUAAUUUUACACAUUUUUAGUUUCCCUUUCGGACGGCCCAACCCAACCAGGCCCCGAAAUCCAUCCCUUCUUCCAACUAGCCCAAGACCCAGAAGGAGAACGCAAAUACUGUGCCUACAUUGAUGGAAAGCUCAGUUUCAUGUUCUACCCAUUCCGCACAGGCCCAAGUCUUAUUGUUAUUGCUAAAGAGGUUCAUACCUUCAUUCAAAGACUUCAAAACCGAUUUAAUGAGCUUCAACGCGAAAUGGAGAGCGUCAAGAAGGAGAGAAACAACUUGAUCAAGGACAAAUGCAACCUCCAAAAGGGAGAAAAGACUUUGCAGGAGAAGGUGGAGACUUUGAAGCAGGAUAAUGCCAAACUGAACACUCAGGUCAAGCAUCUGGAGAAGAAAGUCUCGAACUUGUAAGUUUUUUGAGUUUUUUUUGUGAUUUUAGGUAUGAUUUUGAGAAGAAUGGAAAGUAUGGUUUCAUAAAUGGAUUUAUUGAUCUUUAGUAAAAGAAAACACAGCUAAUAUCAAAAAGAGAUAGAAUUUUAUCGCUUUUACGUUACUUUUUAAAGCUUUGAUAUUUCAAAAAGGCUGAACUCCAGAAUAUUUACCAACUUAAUUUCAGGCAUUCCGACCGCGAAGACGAGCUUCAAAAGCAUCGUAGCCAGGUGGAUCACCUUAAGCAUGAAAUCGCGGAAAAAGAAGCACAACAUUCCAGAGAUGUUCAAAGCCUGAACGAUGUCAAGAAGAACUACUCCAAAGAACUGUCUGAACGCCAAUCUCAAACUCAGAAACUCAAAGAUCAAUUAGAAGAGAAGAACACGCUUCUGAAGAAGUUUGAAGCCGAAAAGAAAACUCAACGUGACUUCAACAACAAACUCCUCGAACGUGCCAAACAAGCCGAAUGUGCGAAUAUCGAGCUGAAGACCGAACAUGCCCUAGCCAAACUCGAAAGAGCCAAAGCUGAUGCAACUAGUCGUGCUGAAGAGUACGAAGCCAAGAUUGUGCCAAACGAAUUGACGGAAGAAGAACGAACUUCAUUGGUGGUUUGUGUCGAAGCCUGGAAGAAAACGGCUAAUGAAUGUGCUAGACUAGCCGAAGAAACAAGCAAAGAAUGCCAAAGACAUUUGGACAUGGUCAAGGAAGGCAAGCUACCAAGUCAACUACCUAAAAUGAACCUUCACAAACCUCCACCACCCCCAACCGUCACUCCAAUCGUCUCGGCCAGAAGAGAACCACCCCCACCACCAAUGAAUGUCAUUACCAAUCCAAUGAUGCAAGGAAUAAACAAGUUUACUCAAUCUACACCAUCUUCAUCUCAAAUGAACAUGGCUCCUCAUCACAACUCUUCCCAUGCUCAACAAUCCGCCUUCAGGUCUAUGAACUCGAUGAAUGGUCCACCACCGUUUGGAGUACCAAACCCAGUUGGAGGACCAGUGGGUGGACCAGUACAAGGACCACCGUUUGGUAAUGGAUCGCUCCAAACCCAACAAAUGGCACCGUACAUGAACCAACAACGUCAACCCAACAUGAUGUUCCCACCAAGCAACAUUCCUCCAAUCGGAUCAAGACACCCGCCUUCACAACUGCACCAGCAACAACCUGAACCCAUCUUCAAUCGGAUGGAGCCACGUUUGGAUCACUUUGAUCCAUCAGCUCCCGGCUAUAAUGCUACAAGGUCAUGUACGCCAGCUGAAGAAGCUCAACUUGAUCGGCUGAGGAAUGUAAAGUCGUUGUGGGACAAAGAUAUUUCUAAUUCUAGUGGGUUUGGCGGAUCUAAUCAUCAGAGAAAUGGUAGGUUUGGCGGGGUUUGAAGGUUUUAAGGGUGGAUAAUGACAAAAUUGAAAUUUUUGAAAAAUUGAUUUUUUGAAAUUCGAAAAAUGGUUUUUGAGGAUUAAAGUUUUUACUAUUUUUUUAUUUUAAAGUUUAAAAAUGGCUUUUUAUGGCUAAAAUUAGACAAAGAUUUCAAUUUUCACCAACUUUCAGGUCAAAUUGAUCCAACCCUGUCGAUUGCUCAGUCCGUGUCCCAAUCAGCCAAGUACUUCCCGUCUGCCAAUUCGUUUGAGAACACGAAACAACCUGUCGGCACCACCGCCAAUGACAUUGUCCCUGAUCUUCUCCGCUCAGCCUGGGGAGGAGAUUCGAUUUGGUCGUUCAACAGCCAAGGCUAA